AAUUCCCAGAGUGCCAAAAAUCCUGCAACCUAUUUCUUUACAAGAAUGACUUCUACUCAUUCAUGGGUUUUAAUGCAGCAAGCUGUUUAACAGCUGCACAAAAUGUUUUAGGACAGGAAAACUAAGCCCUACAGAAGCGUACCAGGCUCUGCUAUACCUUCAGCAAGUCUGCAGAGUUAUGUAGCUCUGAUACAACAUGAGGUACCGGGUUUUUUUCACUCAGCCCUGCAUGUGAAGUCAUCACAGAGAUCACUUGAGAGCCACCAACAGGACAGGCAACCUCUGCUCAGGGGAACUCAAACCAGGGGACAGAACUCCCUUGGUGGUGGGAAGCCAUGUGCUGUACACAGCCCUCAGCUCCUUCUCUUUCUGGUCCAACACAUCCCAUCUGUGCACAUCCCAACAGAGAUGAGGGCAUUUGAACUGGCCAGAGCUGGGUCCUUUGUGAUCCCUGCCCGGAAUUCUGCAACCCGAUGUCACAAUGGCACCAAAUCACCCCUGCCAGUCUCCCCCCGAGCCAGGGUGGAUGGCAUCCAGCCCCUUACAGAAGGGUUUUGAAGACAUGAAUUGUCAGGCAGGACCAAAUAGAAAAGUACCCAGGAUUUCGGCGAAGCCAACCACAGUGACAGCACCAGCACCGCAGCGUGCAGCCGGCAGCCUCAGCUCCCUGCCCCAGCGCGCCUGCUCCCGGUCCUCCAGGGCCAUCCAGUACAUCCUGCUGGACAGCUGCAGGAACAUCCCGGCACCCCAUGGCCUAGCCAGCAAGGGCUCCCACAGGGCCCAAAGAGGAUCUGCCUCCUGCCACCCCAUCAACCACGUCCCCAGCACAACCGUAGGCUGUUGCCCCCCAGUCCCCAGUUACCUCUCAGUGUCCCCCACCUUCCUCAGCCUCCCCAGGAAGCUAGCCCAUGGCUCAGGGCACUCUUUGGACGCUUGGAAGAGGCUGCCAGUGUUCCUGCAGCUGUGUGGGGAGGAUGUGCCAACCACAGCCUCCAAAGAUGCGCGUCUGCAAACCUCCAGCCAUGAGCGGAAAGAGCAGCCCAAUGCCAAAGCACCGAGGGAGGGCAAGAGAGGCCAGAGGAUGAAGAAGAUGGUGGGGUGCACCCCGUGUGACAAGGCAUGAGUGACUUUGAGAUAGCUUCUGAAUAAAAGAUAGUGUUCUU